UAUUUUUAGUAUGCUCAGCUGAGAUGUUAUAGCUCAUUGAGAGCAAAACUGGUUCCCUUUGGAAUAUGGCCCCGCACACCCACUCACAUACUUCUCUGACUGCAUGUGCCCUGAUGAUGUCACUAAUAUUGCUCAAAAAUCCCUCCUUGCUGGUGAAGAAGAGAAUGUGUCAACAGGACUAGGAGUGGUGGUGUGGCAAGUCCCAGUACAAACAUACCUAGUGACUUAGCUACUGCUGCUGCUCGAUCUUCACCUCUUUAAUUUAAAAUCGAACACAACUGCCUCAGAAACCUGUGGACAAGAGAAAGGACGUGAGAGACUGCUCCCAUGAUGUCAGAGAUUUGUAUGAAAGAUUUUGUUGAACACUUCAUGACUCUUAAAUGCUAAAAGCAGAAGGCACUAGCUGGUAGCUCAGUGUGGAGCAAAAAUUUUAUUUUAAACUUCAAAAAUAAUUAUGUCAAAGAAAAGUCGUGUGAAGGGAGAAAAGUCCGACAUGGAGAUUGAAGCCCUGCAAGCUGCUAAUGAGGAGCUACGAACUAAACUAACUAACAUCCAGAUAGAAUUUCAGCAAGAAAAAAGCAAGGUGGGCAAACUGAGAGAGAAAAUCCAAGAGGUUAAGCAAGAAAGGGAGCAGGAGCAGCAUAAGCACACCGCUUAUGUUUCUGAACUGAAAGCCAAGCUCCACGAGGAGAAAAUGAAGGAACUUCAGAGUGUCAGAGAGCUACUUAUCCGGCAGCAUGAGCAGGAGGUAGCAAGAAUGGUGAAAAUCAAAGAUGGUGAAAUUCAGCGUUUGCAGUCAACAGUCAAUGUCCUGCGGGACGGGGCAGCUGACAAAGUGAAGACAGCGCUGCUGAGUGAAGCAAAGGAGGAGGCUCGCAAGGCAUUCGAUGGUGAACGGAUGAAGUUGCAACAGGAGAUCUUGGAGCUGAAAUCUGGCAAAAAGCAGCUUGAAGAAGCUUUGAACAACAUUAUGCAGGCCGAUAAAAUGAAGGCUGCUGACCUGCGCACGGCUUAUCAGUCCCAUCAGGAUGAGAUUAACAGAAUAAAGCGGGAAUGUGAGAGAGAGAUCCGCAGGCUGAUGGAUGAGAUAAAAGGCAAAGACAGAGUGAUUCUGGCUCUGGAGAAAGACCUUGGUGUCCAGGCAGGCCAUACACAGAAACUGCUCCUUCAGAAAGAGGCUUUGGAUGAACAGCUUGUCCAGGUGAAGGAAGCAGAACGAUACCACAGUAGCCCUAAGAGAGAACUUCCUGCAGGAGUGGGGGAUAUCACUGAACUGAUGGGAAGCCCGGAGCAGCAUUUGGAUGAACGAGAUAUGCGGAGAUUUCAGUUAAAAAUCGCUGAACUGAAUGCUGUAAUAAGGAAGCUGGAAGACAGAAAUACUCUCUUAGCAGAUGAAAGAAAUGAACUGCUGAAACGUUCUCGGGAGACAGAAAGUCAACUGAAGCCUUUGGUAGAAAAAAAUAAGAGGAUGAGCAAAAAAAAUGAUGAUAUGUUGCAAUGUAUCCAGAGGAUGGAAGAGAAAAUAAAAAAUCUAUCAAGGGAAAAUGUAGAAUUGAAAGAGAAGUUAUCUGCACAACCAGCACUGAAGAGGCACACAUCUUUGAACGAUCUCAGCAGCACACGAGAGGAACAAGAAAUUGAAUUCCUUAGACUGCAAGUCAAAGAACAGCAGCAUGUUAUUGAUGAUCUCACAGUGGUAAUGCUUAUGACUGGUAUACACACCAGUGUUCUGGAAAGGGAACGGCUAUUGCGGUCUAAAAAACAGAAGAGGAAAAGUCUGAAGCCUCCAAAGAGGCAUGUUGUGGAGACAUUUUUUGGAUUUGAUGAAGAAUCUAUUGAUUCAGAAACAUCAUCUGUAACUUCAUAUAACACAGAUAAAACAGACAGGACACCAGCAACACCAGAGGAAGAUUUGGAAGAUAGCACACCUAAAGAAGAAGCUGAACUAAGGUUCUGCCAGCUAACAAGAGAGUAUCAAGCUUUGCAAAGGGCAUAUGCAUUGCUUCAAGAACAAGUUGGUGGAACCCUGGAUGCAGAGAGAGAAGCAAGGACUCGUGAACAACUGCAAGCUGAUCUUCUCAGGUGUCAGGCAAAAAUUGAGGACCUGGAGAAAGCUCUAAUCGAGAAAGGACAGGAUUCAAAAUGGGUAGAAGAAAAGCAGCUGUUAAUCAGAACAAACCAGGAGUUGCUAGAGAAGAUUUACAGAAUGGAACAAGAAGAGCAUCAGCUGAAGAAUGAGAUGCAGGAUGCAAAAGACCAGAAUGAGCUGUUAGAAUUCAGAGUGCUAGAGCUUGAAGAGAGAGAGCGAAGGUCGCCAGCAUUUAAUCUUCAUAUAACCACCUUCCCUGAAAACAAUGGAAGUGCACUUCAGCUGUUCUGUCAUCAGGAAGGAAUAAAGGAUGUGAAUAUAUCUGAACUUAUGAAGAAGCUAGAUAUUCUUGGAGAUAAUGGGAAUUUGAGAAAUGAAGAACAAGUUGCAAUAAUCCAAGCUGGGACUGUGCUUUCCCUCUGUGAAAAGUGGUUAAAACAGAUAGAGGGAACAGAAGCUGCAUUGACACAGAAGAUGUUAGAUCUGGAGAAUGAAAAGGACCUGUUCAGUAAACAGAAGGGUUAUUUAGAGGAAGAACUCGACUACAGGAAACAAGCUCUGGACCAGGCAUACAUGAAAAUCCAGGAGCUGGAAGCUACGCUGUAUAAUGCCCUGCAGCAGGAUCCAGGAAGGCGGGCAAGUGAGUCGCUGACUGAAGCCCAGAGGGAGGAUUUGCGAGCUGCAGUGGACAAGGUGCGGCGGCAGAUCCUGAGGCAGAGCCGUGAGUUUGACAGCCAGAUCUUACAUGAGCGAAUGGAGCUGCUGCAGCAGGCACAGCAGCGAAUUCGAGAACUAGAAGAUAAAAUAGAACUUCAAAAGAGGCAACUCAAAGAAAUUGAGGAAAAGCAUUCAUUCUGUGGCCUUGAUGACACAACUGAGCCAAGACGUGCGGUUAUUAAAAGAACCUAUGGAAUGAACAGCUGAAUCCACUUGCAAAAA